GAGAAGGCAGAGAGCAGCGGUCUUUCUCUGCACAGUGGCGGGUCCGGGUUGGACAGGUCCCGCCCUGCUCCGGUCGCCCACAGGGUCGAUCGAUGAGGGCAGCUGUGCCGAGGGGCCCCGCCCAGGAUACGACCUUUGAGGAUGUAGCCAUUUACUUCUCCCAGGAGGAAUGGGAGCUCCUUGAUGAGGCUCAGAGACUCCUGUACUGUGAUGUGAUGCUGGAGAUCUUUGCACUUGUGUUGUCCCUGGGUUGCUACUGUGGGACAGAUGAUGAGAAGAUAACUUCUGAGUACAGUGUACAAAUGGAAAGAAUGUCACAGGUCAGGACUUCUAAGGCAAAUCCAUCCACCCAGGACACUCAACCCUGUGAAAAAUAUGUUCCAGCCUUGGAAGACACUUUGUACCAGGCUGAGCACAAAAUCACAUGCCCUGUUCAGAAAUCGUACUUGGGUGGCACAAGUGUUAGAGACUUCUCUUUCGAUACAAAUCUUCAGCACCAAAAGCAUUAUGGUAGAGAACAGCCCCAGGGAAGGGAUGUGGACAGGGCCUCCUUUGUGGCCAGCUUCAGGUUCCAUGUCUUGACCAAGUCUUUCCCCUGUGGAGAGCCUGGCAUGGACUUCCUUCAGCAGCAGACCAUUUGUAAUGAUGAGCAGCCACACAGUAGCAGCAUCAAGUGCAGGGAAGCAUUUUGGACUGGAAACGGACAUUGCAAGUGGGAUGAAUGCAGAAAAGCUUCAACUCUUAAGCACAUACUUGUUCAAGAGCAGUGUGUCUGUGCUGGAGAAGGGCUUCGUGAAUGUAGCAAAUGUGAGAAAGCCUUCACCUGCAAGUUCAUAUUUUUCCAGCACCAGGAUACUCAUUUUGGACAAAGAACAUCUGAAUGUGAGUAUGGAAAAUCCCUUUGCAACAAGUGCCACCUUAUUGGGCCUAAAAGAUUUCACACUAGAGCAAGCCCUCAUGAAUGUAACGAAUGUGGAAAUGCCUUUAUCCACAAGUCUGACAAGAGACAGCACAGUGGAAGAAUGCCUUAUGAGUGUGGGGAAUGUAGCAAAUCUUUUACCUACAAAUCUAACCUCAUUGAACACCAGAGAGUUCACACAGGAGAAAGGCCUUACACAUGUAGCAAGUGUGGGAAAUCCUUUAGACAGAGCUCCAGCCUCUUUCGACACAAGAGAGUCCACACUGGACAAAAGUCUUAUGAAUGCUGUUAUUGUGGGAAUGCCUUUAGCUGCAAAUCUGAACUCAUUCAACACCAGAGAAUUCAUAGUGGAGAAAGGCAUUAUGAGUGCAGUGAAUGUGGGAAAACCUUUAGACAGUAUUAUAACCUCAUCAGACACUGGAAUGUUCACACUGGCGAUAAGCCUUAUGAGUGUGGUGAAUGUGCAAAAUCCUUUAGCCGCAAAUUUACCCUCAUUCAACACCAGAGUGUUCACACUGGACAAAGGCCUUAUGAGUGCAGUGAAUGUGGGAAAUCCUUUAUCCGGAAAUCUGACCUCAUUCAGCACCAAAGAAUUCACACUGGCAUAAGACCUCAUGAGUGUGAUGAAUGUGGGAAAUCUUUUAGACAACGCUCUGGCCUCAUUCAACACCAGAGAGUUCAUUCUGGAGAAAAGCCUUAUAAGUGCAGUAAAUGUGGAAAAACCUUCAGUCAGAGUGCGACCCUCAUUCAACACCAGCGAGUUCACACUGGAGAAAAGCCUUAUGAGUGCGGUGAAUGUGGAAAAUCCUUCAGUCAAAGCUCUACCCUCAUCCAGCACCAGAGAGGUCACACUGGAGAAAGGCCUUAUAAGUGCAGUGAAUGUGGGAAACCCUUUACUCACAAAUCUGACCUCAUUCAGCAUCAAAGAGUUCACGCUGGAGAAAGGCCUUAUAAGUGCAGUGAAUGUGAAAAAUCCUUUCGUCGCAAAUCUAAUCUGACUCGUCACUUGCAAGUUCAUGCCUAAGAAAGGCUUGCAAUGUGUAGGAAAUGUUCUAUUCCAUUUCUAAAUUUAACAACAUGGCAGGAGACCAAGGGAGCCCUAUCUAAAUGUGAACAUCAUUCAUGUGAAUUUCCUCAGUGUGAGUUCCAUCACUUUGAGGAAGCUCAAAGCUUUGAGGAGACUGAUUAGAGUUUCUAAUGUGCUCAGGGCCAUAGCCUGAUUUAUGUCACUGCCCAUUUCUGUGGUAUAAUCCAUUUCACCUUUACCACCUGGUAAGUUCACACCCUGUGUGCGUGAGUUAACUACCCCAGAGUGCACAGAGAAGCAAACCUUGUAUUCUCCUAUUUGGGGAAACUGGCACUCCUCAGCAUUUGGUGGCUCCUCAUUUUCUUGUAUCUGCCUUUAGGGCACGGCCCUUAACAGUUUUGGUCCAGAGUGCUUGGUCAUAGUUGUGUUGUCAGCUUGCUAAGAAGAAUCAUCUUGUUCGUGGGCAUUGUUGAUCUCACAUCAUGCUUGUGAUGAAUUUUUCUGGGAUCUAACUUAGUAGCCUGGAAACUGCUUGCUGCACAUUGAACUAAUGAAUGAUCCUUUAGUAAAAGUCAUUUUGUUAAUGCACUUUCAGUUUUGAAAGUUCCAUUCAUUGUGUGGGGUGAUUUAUAAGCAGACUAGUGAGGUAAGUGUGAAGGAAUGAUUGAUCCAGUUUUGGGGAAAUCCCAAAUAGGCGUGCAGACAGGAAAAUAAGACUAGAGAGAAAUGAUUUGGUAGUUUAAGGGUGUAGCUUUGUGACAUAGCAUUCCUGUUUCAACUGGCAUAGGCUUUUAUUGCUUGCCAAUAUUUGCUACCACUGAAACAGCUGCACUUCCCAGGGCAUGAGGAAAGCAAUGGUGCAGUCCACAUCAGGUUAUGAACCUAAUCUUCCAGGACAAACAGAGCAUUUAGGCUUAUUAUUUUGAGCUCCCAUUUUAAAGCUUUAUUUAAGUAUAAUCUAAAAUUUACAUGCACCAAAGUACACUUAGUAAAGUAUACAAUUUGGACCUCGGUCUGGUAGUGUGCCUACAGUCCCACCUACACAGGAGUCUGAAGCCAGCCUGUGCAAUAUAGUAAGACCCUGGCAAAACAAAACAAGUGAAAAAUUUGGUAAAGCACUGAAGCCAUCAUUACAAUCAAGAAAAUGAACUUUUUCCCUGUAUGUUUCCUCAUGCUGUUAAAAUCUCCCUACCUUCCUGAGGACUUUAGGAAAUUGUGGAUUUCCUUUAGAAUAGAUUUGUUUAUAUAUUCUAGACUUUGUUGUUAUUGUUAAGUGUGUAUGUGUGUGUACAUGUGUACUGCACAGUUAUUUUGAGAUUAAGAAAUAAUGCUUAUGUGAAAAAUUAUUUUUGUUGCUUGGUAAUGUUCUGUUAUUUAGGGACAUUAUAGAUUUUAUAUAUUUCUAAUAAAGCUGUUGUGAAUA